CAGGACAGAUGACUUGUGAAUUUUCUAACCGGCGCGGCGUCGAUUAAAUAUGUACUAGUAUUGAUUAUUUUUAAGACUACUUCAUUGGGAAUUUCCUCGAGGCUUACAGUCAACCAUACUCGUCAAAAGUUUUCCCUCAAGAAAUUGAAAUUCAUUUAACAGUUUAUUUCUAGUCAGAAAGACAAAGAAGAACAUUUCAGCUCGAGAUGGCGACUGAAACUUUAAUUCCUUUGGAAUCUAAUCCCGAUGUCAUGAAUAAAUUUCUUCAAAAACUCGGUGUUCCAAAUAAAUGGGGGAUUGUAGAUGUUAUGGGAUUAGAACCUGAUAUGCUGUCUUGGGUGCCAAAGCCGGUCGCGGCAGUGACACUCCUUUUUCCCAUCUCUCAAGCCUAUGAACAACAUAAGGAUAAGGAAGAAAGUGAAAUAUUAUCCAAAGGUCAAGAAGUUUCUGGAAAUCUCUUUUAUAUGAAACAGAAUAUUAGCAAUGCAUGUGGCACUGUGGCACUCGUUCAUGGAGUGGCUAACAAUGUAGACAAAAUUGAACUAUCAGAUGGUCAUAUGAAAAAAUUCCUACAAGAGGCUAAAGGUUUGGAUGCUGCUGGUAGGGGCAAGCUCUUGGAAGGAUUUGAGGGUAUUAUUAAUGCCCACAAGGAGUUAGCUCAAGAAGGGCAAACCAACACUCCCAGUGCUGAUGAUCCUGUUAAUCAUCAUUUCAUUACUUUUGUGCAUAAAGAUGGAUCUCUGUAUGAGCUUGAUGGACGCAAGGCAUUCCCAAUUAAUCAUGGUCCUACUACUGCAGAUUCCCUCUUGGAAGAUGCAUCCAAGAUAUGCAAAGAGUUUAUGGCACGUGAUCCAGAGGAAGUCCGCUUCACGGUAGUUGCUUUAGCUGCUUCUGAUUAAGGGAGUCUGGCAUCAACACUAAAAUAUGGCACAGAGUACCAUAUUCUAGCUUCAACAUGCUAUGCUUUUAACUUUCAACUGUUAAACAAAUUUUAUAUCUAUUUGUAUGCUGUGCAAGCCUUUGUGAUAAUAAACUAUUAUAGAAAGUAAU